GCGCGUGACACCGGCCGUCCGCGGCGUGUAUGCGCGACAUGGAUGCCAAGCGGGUCAGUCGCUGCAGUCUCGUGCGCCCGCAAAGUUGACUUGUGCCGCUGAUUUUGUGCUGCUGCGCAUGCGCAGACGCAGCAGGUAAACUCCACCAUGGCGGCCAGAGGAAAUGUGCAGGACCCGAACGACCGGAGACUGAGACCCAUAUACGAUUACCUGGACAAUGGCAACAACAAGAUGGCAAUUCAGCAGGCUGACAAACUGUUGAAGAAGCACAAAGAGCUGCACUGUGCCAAGGUGCUGAAGGCGAUUGGACUCCAGCGGACCGGGAAGCAGGAGGAAGCGUUCUCCCUGGGACAGGAAGUGGCCUCGCUGGAGCCCACGGAUGACAACUCGCUACAAGCACUGACAAUCCUGUACAGAGAGAUGCACCGGCCUGAGCUGGUGAUCAAACUGUACGAGGCUGCAGUGAAGAAGGUUCCCCUCAGCGAGGACUUCCACACGCACCUGUUCAUGGCAUACGUGCGUGUGGGCGAGUACAAGAAGAUGCAGCAGGCUGGAAUGACUCUGUACAAGAUUAAGCCCAAGAACCCAUACUACUACUGGUCUGUCAUGAGUCUAGUGAUGCAGGCCAUCUCUGCUCAGGACGAGAAACUGGCCCAGAACAUGUUCCUGCCUCUGGCUGAGAGGAUGGUGGAGAAGAUGGUGAAGGAGGAAAAGAUCGAGGCUGAAGCUGAGGUGCAGCUCUACUUCAUGAUCCUGGAGCGUCUGGGCAAGUGUGUGGAGGCUCUGGAGGUGGUCAGAGGCCCUCUUGGAGAGAAGCUGACCAGUGAGCUGCAGAGUCGCGAGAGCAAGUGUAUGAAGAUGUAUGGACGUCUGGAGCGCUGGCCUGAGUGCAACGCUCUCGCUGCCCGUCUGCUGCUCACCAACCCGGAUGAUUGGCAGCUCUACCCCUCCUACUUUGACUCGCUCUUCCACCUCAUGGACCAGUCGUGGUCUCCACCGAAUGCUGGAGAACAUUGCUCAGAGGGUGUGGUCCACCACACGGUGUCAGACGUGGUGAGGUUUGUAGAGGAGCGAAUCGAGGCGGAGGACAUAAAGGAGUCUCGGGCACUCAGGGGUCCGUAUCUGGCAAGACUGGAGUUGAUCCAGCGUUUACGGGACCGUGGAGAUGCACAGGAGAGCGUGCUGGGGCUGCCUCUAGAGUUGAUGGUUCAAUUCUUCAACAAAUUCGGAGACAAGCCUUGCUGCAUCACAGACUUGCAGUUGUACCUCCACCUACUUCCUGUUGACCAGCAUGUCCAGUUCAUUAACCGACUGAGUGAAGCGGUACUUCUGGAGGAACAAGGAGAUGACGGGUCCAUGUUUCCAGCCGACACCAGAGCCCUACAGAGACAUCUGUGUGUGUGUCAGCUCUCCCGGGCGCUGGGGCUACACCACCUGCUGGACCAAGAAGGGAAGCUGCGGCUGAUUUCAGAGCUCAAGGCCCACUACCGUCACGGGCUCAAGUUUGGAGAUGGCGCUCUGAAGACGGAGCUUCAGUUCUCUGACAGUUACUGCCUGAUGGCAGCUCAUGUCUACAUUGACCUCUGGAAGGAGACUGGUGACCAGAAGAUGGCAUGGAUGAGCCUCGGGCUUCUCCAUGAAGGUUUGAGCAGAAGUCCAUCCAAUUCCCAGUUCAAGCUUCUGCUGCUGCUGCUCUACUGUAGCCUCGGAGCCUUUGAGCCAGCCGUUGACCAGUACUCCAGUCUGGACGCUAAACACGUGCAGCAUGACACCAUUGGGUUCCUGGUGACCCGCUACGCCGAGUCCCUGGGUCAGUUCGCUGCGGCGUCUCAGUCCUACAACUUCUCGCUGCGCUUCUUCCACUCCAACCAGAAAGACACCUCAGAGUACAUCAUCCACGCGUACAAGUUCGGUGCCUUCGAGAAGAUCCCAGAGUUCAUCGCUCUCAGGAACCGACUGAAUCAGUCGCUGCACUUUGCUCAAGUCCGAACUGAGAGGAUGUUGCUGGACCUGAUGCUGGAGGCCGACAUUGUGGUCAGUCUGGAGGAGAGCAUCAGGUCCAUGUCUUUGUCUGUGGAGGAUGACGACAUCUGCUGGGACACCCUGAGGGACAACCGAGACCUGACAGUCUUCACCUGCUGGGACCCCAAAGACAGACGUCUGAGCGAGGAGCAACAGCGCCGCUCUCUGGAGGAUGAGAUCAUGUGGCUGAGGAUUCGUUCGCUGACGCUCCGCCUCUUGGCUUCUUUGUCCGUGCCAGCCCACCUUCCAGCGACGGAGAACUCCAGUGAGAACGGGGUCGGGGACAAGAGCUCGGCGGCUCGGCUACAGCUGGAACACCUCAACCAGACCCUACAAGCGGCUGCAACGGAGGAGAACCGGACGCAGUUUCCGUUCUUGGGCCCCCCUUGCACCCGCCUAGGCCUGGCCUUGUCCUGUGGGAGCUGCCAGUGUCAGGCUGCUGCCUUGCAGCUGUCGGUCACCAUGCAAGACCUGGACGCUAUCGGGCUGGAGGAUUCCUGUGAACUUCAAACACAAAUAUGUAACACUUUCAAGUCUGUUACGGUGCAGCUACAAGAAAUGCUGAAGAAAAGUCGAGGAGAUUUUCUGGAGCUGAAAGAAAACGGUUUAAUCAGUCAACAACAUCUACUAGAGACGCUGGUCUUCUUUGUGGAGAGUUUGUGUGUCGUAUUGUUGACGGCCAGUUAUUGCGCUAAAAUCUUGCGACCUCUGAAAACCAGUUUACAGAAGAAAAAGAAGAAGAAGAAGGGCCCAAAUGCACCUCAGCCUUUGGUGCUGUGUGGUUUCCAGGAUCUCACCUCAAGUCUCCAGGAGCUGCUGACUGAGUCCCUGCAGCAGGUCAGAGGUCAAGAGUCCCACAUCACGUCCCUCAAACUGUCCACUUUAACCCUUGACGGACGCACACAGGAUGAGGCAUCCUUCAUCAGCUCAGCGAUGGACAAAGUCCAGAGCAGCUUCCUUCGGUCGUUGCAGGAGGUGGGAGAGCUUCUGAAGAAGAGAGCUGAGACCGUGAAGAACCUGAAGAUCUGAUCCCUGCUCCUGCUUCUGGUCCUGCACUGCCCCCCAUACAUCGACCCUCAGUCACUUUCUGCUGCUACGUCCUGUUGGACUCUGUCCGCUGCAAGGUCCGAGAGUCACACCGACAGCCUCUGUGAUGCAACGAUCCCAGACAUUAUUGAACAUCAGCGUUUCUUCUCCAGAAGUCUAGACAGUGUGUGAGCGUGUGUGCGUGUUGGAGAUAGACAAGUGUGACUCAAAUCAGCAGGUGAGUCGCAGCGUUUCAAGAAUCAGGUUCCGGUUCUGUGUUGUGGCCUGAAGUUCAAAAGAACAGUUAGUCCUGGUCCUCUUCUGACUGUGGGCCUGAGGCUGUCUGGAGGUCUCUGGUGGCCCCAGGGCUUCUCAGACAGUCAAACUGUGGGUCUGGGAGAAACGAACUUCUGAGCCCGAUCGUGUUUGUUGCUGGUUCCGGUCCUGAACAGACCAGGCGCACCGGGCGACGGUGGGGGACUCUGAUUGUGACCUGAGUUUGACUGUGUGAACCAGAUGGACCGCUGAGAAUGCUGCCACCCUCUUUUGUUGGAAAUGGAAACAAACACUGGAAUGUUGAGGCUUUUUCUAAAUAAAUGUAAAUGUGAGCAGCUGAUCCGUGUAGGGCUUGUGGUGGCCAGAACCUCCCUGGCCCAUCUACUCUGGAAUCCUCUUCAGGAGCCAGGCCUGGACUGGUCAAGUUGGUACCAGGUAAGUGACAGCUUGUGGGUAUGCUGACCACUGGUUAUAUCAUCAUCCACACUCGCACCAUCUGGUAGAAACUCUCAACUUUUCACAGUUAUCAGAAGCCCUUGAAGAUCGACUGGUCUCCAGACCCAUCCUUGGAUCCGGUGUGUGUGAGUUUUGUUAAUAAAGGAAUACUUGUGCUUG